GUUUGCCCGUCCGCUUGGUUUUUAACAGAAUGUUGCUUUGUUUUAUGUGGCUGCUGGGUUUCUGCAGCUCGUCAACAGGUGUUCCUGUAAGCUCAACUAAUGGAGCUGCCUCUGCAUCAGGAAAUGCAUCUACACUUUCUAUAGUUGACCUGUUCCCAGCUGCCAAUCAGACUUCAGAAGUUGGAGCAUUGACUUCAGAAUCUGAAGUUUCGAACGUGAGCAGCGAGACGCUGGAAGAGCUUCAAUUGGAUUUACCACUUGAUGAGGGAGACAUCAUAUUAACGGAAGACAGGAAUGCAGUGAGCAGGGUGUGGAAAAAUGCUGUUGUCCCUUACAUUAUCUCUCCAGAAAUGGCUCAUCGAACGGCAGAUAUCGAGAAAGCUUUUAAAAUGAUAACCUCCUCCACCUGUGUACGCUUCAAGGAUCGUACAGAUGAAGCAAACUACCUUUAUAUCAGGACGAGCAAAGGCUGUGCGUCGUACAUCGGCUGCCUGGGAGGCUCUCAGUCAGUUUACUUUGCAGACGCGUGUUCUGUGGGGAACAUAUGCCACGAGCUCGUUCAUGCUCUGGGUUUGCACCAUGAACACAACCGCCAGGACCGAGACCUCUACAUAUCAGUGAAGUGGACCCACAUAGCCCCAGACCAGAAAAAGAACUUUGAAAUUAAACGAGGAGACCUCCUGGACCUGCCUUAUGACCUUGGAUCAAUCAUGCACUAUGGAACGUCUUAUUUCAGCAUAGAUGGAAGUCCAACGAUUGUGUCCAAAGACUCUCGCAGGAGGAUCGGUCAAAGGUCUCAUCUGAGCAAGCUGGACAUCAAGAAACUGAACGCACUUUAUCACUGCAGCAAAUAAAGAAGUGACUUUGAUAACUGCACCAGAUUUCCAAUAAAGAUUUAAAUUAA